AUGCUGAUGCGGGUUAUUCUUCUAGGCUUCAAGAAGAAUGUCAACCGGGCGACGACCCAGGUGAUGAUGAAGACUGGCCAUGUUGAGAAGACGAAUGAUCGCGACUAUGAGAUUGAAGAAAGAAGAUAUCGCACAAUGGAAUCCGCUGCAAACAGGCUACAGAAGGAAGCAAAGGGAUACCUGGACUCGUUACGAGGUAAAUACCCAUCGUGCAAUCUUCCUGAGAACCAGCUGCUAACCAGGUUGACAGCCAUGACUGCCUCUCAAAUGCGAAUUGCGGAGACUAUUGAUGCUUUCUAUGGUGAUGCUGGAGCCAAGGACGGCGUGAGCAGAAGCUACAAACAGGCCGUUGAAGAUCUAGAUGCAGAGACAAUAAAGGCACUCGAUGGACCAUACAGAACGACCGUCCUCGACCCUAUUUCUCGUUUCUGCGCAUACUUCCCUGAUAUCAAUGAAUGUAUCAAGAAACGUAACCACAAACUCCUCGACUAUGACUCCAUGCGAGCUAAGGUCAAGAAACUCGUGGAAAAGCCCGACAAGGAUGCCUCCAAGCUACCGCGCGCCGAAAAGGAUGCUGAAAUGGCUAAACAGGCCUAUGACCAAUUAAAUGAACAGCUAUACAACGAGCUACCGCAGCUUAUUGAUCUGCGUGUCCCAUAUCUCGACCCAUCCUUUGAGGCUCUUGUCAAGAUCCAGCUCCGCUUUUGCGCCGAGGCGUACAGCCGCAUGGCCCAGGUCCAGCAGUACCUUGACUCAGACACAAGAGAGGAGUAUGCAUCUGGCAACCUAGACAAUAAGGUUGAACAGGUGCUGCAGGAAAUCAGAGAUUUAAGCAUUGCCGGCACUGUUUGA